AUGAUCCGUGACACUGGAGCCAAGGAGGAGCGUUUGGUGGUGAUGGAGGCAGCGGAUCCAGAGAAGGCGCAGUGCACAUUACUGCUCCACAACAUCCGGCCGGCGCAUGGCAACGAGUUUGCGGAUGUCCAACAGGUGGUUCAAGCCAUGAUCCACAGCCUAGGAGGCAACAUCGUGAACAUGAACAACCUCAGAAUGGGGGGGGGGGGGGGGGGGGGGGUGAUGGACGGCAACGCGACUCACGCGGCAGAUGGUGAGAAUGGAGAUGUUGAAGUAUCAGACGAGGAGGAGGACGGCAGUUCAGAGUCGGAGGGGGAAAUAGAAGAGCAGCCAAUGGAUGCGGGUGCUGGUGUCCAACAGGCUGUCCCAUCAGUACUCCGUGAAGUAUUUAAGGAGGCAUUUAACGGACUUAAUCAUUCGGGAAACAAUGGAAACAUGCGCUCGGGGGGUGUGGGAUUAUCAAAUCCAACAGCAGCAGAGAGUGGGGGAUUGGGGGAGAUGGGAGGAGCAUCCGAGAGUGGAGGAUUGGACAAGCGGGGAGGAGCAGGCGAUAGCGGGGCGGGGAGGGGAGGAGAAGAAAGCGGGGCAGGGAGGGGAGGAGCAGCCGAGAACGAGGCGGGUAGGGGAGGAGCAGCAGGGAGCGAGGCGGGGAGGGGAGGAGCAGCAGGGAGCGAGGCGGGGAGGGGAGGAGCAGUCGAGAGUGGGGUAGGGAGGGGAGGAGCAGCAGGGAGCGAGGCAGGGAGGGGAGGAGCAGUCGAGAGUGGGGUAGGGAGGGGAGGAGCAGCAGGGAGCGAGGCGGGGAGGGGAGGAGCAGUCGAGAGUGGGGUAGGGAGGGGAGGAGCAGCACGGAGCGAGGCGGGGAGGGGAGGAGCAGUCGAGAGUGGGGUAGGGAGGGGAGGAGCAGCAGGGAGCGAGGCAGGGAGGGGAGGAGCAGUCGAGAGUGGGGUAGGGAGGGGAGGAGCAGCAGGGAGCGAGGCGGGGAGGGGAGGAGCAGUCGAGAGUGGGGUAGGGAGGGGAGGAGCAGCAGGGAGCGAGGCGGGGAGGGGAGGAGCAGUCGAGAGUGGGGUAGGGAGGGGAGGAGCAGCAGGGAGCGAGGCGGGGAGGGGAGGAGCAGUCGAGAGUGGGUUAGGGAAGGGAGGAGCAGCAGCGAGCAAGGCGGGGAGGGGAGGAGCAGUCAAGAGUGGGGUAGAGAGGGGAGGAGCAGCAGGGAGUGGGGCGGGUAGGAGAGGAGCAGCAGGGAUCGAGGCAGGGAUGGGAGGAGCAUCAGCAGGGACAGGGAGGGGAGGAGCAGCAGGGAGCGAGGCGGGGAGGGGAGGAGCAGCCGCGAGUGGGGUAGGGAGGGGAGGAGUAGCAGGGAGCGGGGUGGGUAGGGGAGGAUCAGCAGGGAUCGGGGCAGGGAGGGUAGGAGCAGGGAGCGGGGCGGGGAGGGGAGGAGCAGAGAGCGGGGCCGGGAGGGGAGGAGCAGCAGUGAGUGGGGCGGGGAGGGGAGGAGCGGCCGAAAGUGGGGCGGGGAGGGGAGGAGCAGAAAGUGGGGAUGGGAGGGGAGGGGCAGCAGUGAGUGGGGCGGGGAGGGGAGGAGCAGCAGGGAGCGGGGCGGGUAGGAGAGGAGUAGCAGGGAGUGGGGAAGGGAGGGGAGGAGCAGUGAGAGGGGCGAGGAGGGCAGGGGCAUCAGGGAGCAGGGCGGGGAGGGCAGCGGCAGGGAGCGGGGCAGGGAGGGGAGAGACAGCCGAGAGUGGGGUAGGGAGGGGAGCAGCAGGGAGCGGGGCGGGGAGGGGAAGUGCAGGAUGGAGCGGUGGAGUGACGGGUGAGAUGUAA